CUGCAAAGGCCUCGUGGGGACACGGCCACGUUGCUGUUACUGCACUGUAACCCUGGAGCCCCCUGCCCAGCUGUAGGUGGGUGUAGAAACCCACCUCUUUAGCAGCGAUGAUGUGGAGGCAAUGUCUGCUGCAGACUUGGGGCUGUGUCAACACCAUCCGCUGCACACGCCACCCCCUGUCCUGGAGGGCAAGGUCCACCAUGGUGAUAGCCAACCAUGGCCUGGAGCCAUGCGUGCGCACAGGCAGGCUGGGUGCGUCUCUCUUCCAGGGCACCUCAGUGCUUCCAGCCGUGUCAAGACACUGAGCCGCCCAGGAACAGGAGGAAAACAACUCACCGAGCUCCCCGGGGCCUCCGCGAAAGCUGUGUGUUCUGGCUGUAGGGCCGGCGGUGAGCCACGGCCUUUGCCCCCGCUGGAACAAAACCACCCCCCACCAUGGCAUCACCUUUGUUCUUGUCACGGGGAGCCCUGCCCCGCUUGGCUUACCACAGGCUGGCCGGUAGCAGCCCCGGCAUCGUCGUCCUCUCAGGGUUCCAGGACAACAGGGCGAACCCCAAGUGCCUGGCCCUGGAGCAGUUCUGCCAGGAGUCGGGACGGGCGUUCCUGAGCUUUGACUACACGGGCUGCGGCAGCUCGGACGGGUGUUUUGAGGAGUGUUUGAUCGGCCACUGGAAAAAAGAUGUCCUAACAGUGCUGGAUGAACUCACCAGCGGGCCACAGGUAAGAGGCAAAGCCAGCAGCCCCUCCUGCCUCUGGGUCGGUGCAAAGGGCUUUGCCUGCUGGGGUGCAGGCCCCAGGGGUUCCCGUGGGCGGGGAAGCUUUGCCCAACGGGGCUCUUCAAACCCCUUGGUGCCCCCUGAGCAGCAGAUUCAGAGCAGCGCUCGGCUGGGCUGUAGGAGAGCACGUCCUGGGCAGAGGGACGUAGCACCACGUUGGUGGAGCAUGGACGAGGCUAAGGCCGCCCGCUGGGCGGUGCCCCUCUCUCUGACCGUUCCCUGUCUCCAUCUCUCUAGAUCCUUGUUGGUGUCAGCAUGGGAGGCUGGCUCAUGCUCUUAGCAGCCCUGGAGCGCCCAGGGAGGGUGGCUGGGCUGGUGGCCACAGGAAUCGCGGCUGAUGUCUUCAUAACCCUGUACAGAGAGCUUCCUCCGGAGGUAAG